AUGUUUAACAUAAUCUUAAUUUUCGCUUUGGUCUAUUCUUCGACAGCAAAUAAGGAUCUAUUAACCGGAUAUGAUCUCGCACAACAGUAUUCUCGUAUCCGCAUAUUCGAAUACGAUAAUUAUGCAGACGUUAAAUUUCUCAAAUUCAAUAUUCAAGGUCCCACAACUCUAGCCAAUUGGUCGAUAACCAUAUCCACUGAAGGCACAUGUACUGAUUAUUCAUCGAAUAUUCAUUUUUAUCUCCAACAUGGUGCAUAUCCAUUGGUCGCGCCGCGAAAUGAAUCAUAUCCACCAUCCUACAUAACUUAUCGCCAUGAUCUUUUUAAAUUAGUUUUUAAUAAAUCAUUAACUAACCCAUUAAUUCAAUUAAGUAAUCCUGCAAUUGGAACAUGGUUUGCUAUGAUAUUUGUCGAUCAUCAAACAUUUACAAUCAAACCAAAACUUACAACGGGAUGUAACUUUUACCUAUCAACUUGGCUUGAUUAUCAGACACUUCCAUCGAUAUAUACAUUAGCAACCAAUCAACCACUUCAAGUCGCCAUUACUUAUAAUCAAACAUCGAUUUAUUUAUCACAUCAUACAAUGGUGGGACAAUCUCGGCUAAUGUUUGCAGCGGAAUGGUCGUCGAAUGAUUGUGAAAUCUCCAUAUUUGCGCGAUUAAAUGCUCUCCCAAGUACUUUUCGAUACGAUUAUGUAACAGUCUGCACGAAAACCAAAUGUACAAUGGAGAUUGAUGAAAUUUUUUCUUUGACGUCGGUUUAUUUUCUACUCACAACGAAUAAUUACUCUUGUCUGAUAAAUCCUCAGCAUGGCAUCGUACUUCUUCGUACAUCAGAAUGUUUACUUUCUGUAAAUAAUCGUUGUCUUCAGCCAUAUCCAACACGACGAAUUAUGUUUAAUUAUUAUUAUGACUUUUUAUAUGUACCUAUUUAUACAACUAAUCGUUUUAAUAGUGGUAGUACUAGUUCAAUAACAUUAAAUAACAACGAUUUAUCGAUAUAUUCGUAUGAAUUCAUGAUCGAUGAUAGAAAUCUAGGAGGAACAUUACAUUUUGAUUUUGAAUCACGAGUGAUGUCGUCUGUAUCUGCGAAUGUAAAUAUUAGUGUACAUGGAUGUUUAUCCAAGUAUCAACCGCGUACAUAUGCGACUUGUGAAUCACCUUUUAAAAUCCUCAUCGAUAAAAAUUCGAUCACAAUGAAAUCGUUUCCAUAUCCAGAAAUGGGUUUCUGGUAUUUAACAUUAGAAUACAUCUGUACUGGUUCGGAAUCGGAAUGUGGAAACAGUUCGUUAUCGUUGAUGUUUCAAAUCUCAUCAUCGCAGUGUACGAAACAACAAUGUGGAGCAUAUGGUGUCUGUCGAAUAUUAACAUCGCAACAAAAUGUGUUUUCCACAUGCUCGUGCCUUGCUGGCUAUCGCGGCUAUGGUUGUACAGAUGACAGUCAUGCAUAUGCAUCGAAAAGUUUAGCUAGUGUUCUCUUUCUAACACUCAGCAAUUGUAUGUUUAUGCCAGCUAUCGUCUUGGCAGUUUACCGACGUUUGUACAUCGAAGCGUUGGUCUAUUUCUUCAAUAUGUUUUUCUCUACGUUUUAUCAUGCAUGUGAUCAAGAUAUUAAUAAAUUAUGUAUUUUUAAAUAUGAUGGUUUACAACUAUCAGAUUUCAUUGGAUCUUAUGCUUCAUUUGUUAUAACAUUGAUAACUAUGGCUAUAAUUCCACGAUCUACAAAAGUAUUUCUGUUUAUGUUGGGAUUAUUAACUUGUAUUGCGAUUAAUUCACGCGAUCGGUUUGAUCAUUUACAAUUUAUUGCUUUGAUCAGUAUUACAUUCACAUUCACUGUUUUAACCUGGAUUAUCGUUUCGCUGAGAUAUCAUCAUUUACGGCCAUCGACAAAACGUUUUUUGUUAGUUAUACCAGGCUUUCUACUAGCCCUAGCUGGAUUAGUUUUAUUUGCAUUUUGUGAAACAGACGAAAACUAUUGGUAUACACAUAGUUUAUGGCAUAUAUUAAUUGCCAGUUCAAUUCUGUUUUUCCUUCCACAUAACAAACGUUAUACAACAGGUAAGACCAAAACGAAAGAGACACCCACUAACACGUUUCGAUAUAAUCGAUUAGUAAGAAAAGAUCAACGUCAUGUGAAUUUACCAUUAAUGCUAAGAAAAAAAACAUCAGAACCGUCUCUACAACGAAUAGAGACGUGUGAACCAGUUCUGACAUGUGAACCUGAUAUUGUAAGAGAUGAUCUUCCGAACCAAACAGUUACAACGCCAAUUGAUAAUACUUCAUUGUCAUCAUCGAAUACUGAUUCAUCGAAGAAAUCUACGGAUAAUCUCUUACAUUAA